GCUUCCAAGGGCAGGCCGCCGCGGGGUCCACGCAGAAGGGAACGAAGAAGGAAGGGCGGGGCCGGCCCCCCUGCGCCCGCCCCGCGCCUGGCGCGCCCCUGCCCGCCCCUGGCGCGGCCCGGCCCAGCCCAGCCAGCCCGGCGGGCGGGUCACACGCGCCGCUGGCCGGCCGUCUCCCGCGCCCAGUGUGCCGCGCUGCAGUGCCCGGCGCCCCUGCCCCGCGCCGCCGUCCGCGCCCACCGCCUGCCCGGCGCUCCCGGCCACGGUGACCCUGCUUAGGGAGCUGGGCCGAGCGGGCAUGGCCCGCCGGGGGGCCGCCGCGCUGUCGCUGGCCCUCGUGCUUCUGGGGGUGGCUCUGGCUGGGAUCGGGGCCCAAGGCGCAGCGCUCGAGGACCCCGACUACUACGUGCAGGAGAUCUGGAGCCAGGAGCCCUACUACGCGCGCCCAGAGCCCGAGCCGUUCUCGCCGCCGCUGCCCGCGGGGGCCCAGGAGGAGGAGCAGGAUCCGCGCCCGCCGGAGCCCAGGCCGUCUAAGAAGGCAACCAAGCCCAAGAAAGUUCCCAAGAGGGAAAAGUUGGCUCCGGAGACGCCUCCACCAGGUAAAAAUAGCAACCGAAGAGGCGUGAGAACCAAGAGCUCUGAGAAGGCUGCCAGUGAUGAUCACAGCGUCCCCAUGGCCCAUGGUGAUGUCAUAGAGGGUUGCCCACCUCUUGGUCUGGAAACCUUAAAAAUCACAGACUUCCAGCUGCACGCAUCCACGGUGAAGCGCUACGGCCUGGGGGCACACCGAGGGCGGCUCAACAUCCAGGCGGGUAUUAAUGAAAAUGACUUUUAUGAUGGCGCCUGGUGUGCAGGAAGGAACGACCUCCAUCAGUGGAUUGAAGUGGAUGCCAGGCGUCUGACCCGAUUCACUGGUGUCAUCACUCAAGGGAGGAACUCGCUGUGGCUGAGUGACUGGGUGACCUCCUAUAAGGUCAUGGUGAGCAAUGACAGCCAUACGUGGGUCACUGUUAAGAAUGGAUCUGAAGACAUGAUAUUUGAAGGAAACAGUGAAAAGGAGAUCCCUGUUCUCAACGAGCUGCCCGUCCCCAUGAUGGCCCGCUACAUCCGCGUCAACCCGCAGUCCUGGUUUGACAACGGGAGCAUCUGCAUGAGGAUGGAGAUCCUUGGCUGCCCGCUGCCAGAUCCCAAUAACUACUAUCACCGACGGAAUGAGAUGACCACCACCGAUGAGCUGGACUUUAAGCACCACAGUUAUAAGGAAAUGCGCCAGCUGAUGAAGGUUGUGAAUGAAAUGUGCCCCAAUGUCACCAGAAUUUAUAACAUUGGCAAGAGCCACCAGGGCCUGAAGCUCUACGCUGUGGAGAUCUCCGACCACCCCGGGGAGCACGAAGUCGGUGAACCCGAGUUCCACUACGUGGCAGGGGCCCAUGGCAACGAGGUGCUGGGCCGGGAGCUGAUGCUUCUGCUCGUGCAGUUCCUGUGCCAGGAGUACUUGGCCGGGAACGCGCGCAUCGUCCGCCUGGUGGAGGAGACCCGGAUUCACAUCCUGCCCUCUCUCAACCCCGACGGCUACGAGAAGGCCUAUGAAGGGGGCUCAGAGCUGGGAGGCUGGUCCCUGGGGCGCUGGACCCACGAUGGGAUCGACAUCAACAACAACUUUCCUGACUUAAACUCGCUGCUCUGGGAGGCAGAGGACCGCCAGAACUUCCCCAGGAAAGUCCCCAACCACUACAUUGCCAUCCCUGAGUGGUUUCUGUCGGAAAAUGCCACGGUGGCAGUGGAGACCAGGGCAGUCAUAGCCUGGAUGGAAAAAAUCCCCUUUGUGCUGGGCGGCAACCUGCAGGGGGGUGAGCUGGUGGUGGCAUACCCCUAUGACAUGGUGAGGUCUCUGUGGAAGACGCAGGAGCGCACCCCCACCCCGGAUGACCACGUGUUCCGCUGGCUGGCCUACUCCUAUGCCUCCACCCACCGCCUCAUGACAGACGCCAGGAGGAGGGUGUGCCACACAGAAGACUUCCAGAAAGAGGAUGGGACUGUCAACGGCGCUUCCUGGCACACUGUGGCUGGAAGUCUCAACGAUUUCAGCUACCUUCACACAAACUGCUUCGAGCUGUCCAUCUACGUGGGCUGUGACAAAUACCCACACGAGAGCGAGCUUCCUGAGGAAUGGGAGAAUAACCGGGAAUCUUUAAUCGUGUUCAUGGAGCAGGUUCAUCGCGGUAUCAAAGGCGUGGUGAAGGAUUUACACGGAAAAGGAAUUCCAAAUGCCAUUAUCUCCGUGGAAGGUAUCAACCAUGACAUUCGAACAGCCAGUGAUGGGGAUUACUGGCGCCUCCUGAACCCCGGAGAGUAUGUUGUCACAGCCAAGGCGGAAGGUUUCACCUCGUCCACCAAGAACUGCAUGGUUGGCUAUGACAUGGGGGCCACUCAGUGCGACUUCACUCUCAGCAAAACCAACCUGGCCAGGAUCAGAGAAAUCAUGCAGAAGUUUGGGAAGCAGCCGGUCAGCCUGCCAGCCAGGCGGCUGAAGCUCCGGGGGCGGAAGAGACGACAGCGAGGGUCACCUCCCAACGCUUGAGACACAUCCCAGACCCCUGCAAAUUAAACCACCCCCGGUCAUAGCUCCAUAGAGGACUUGCUCCCCGUUGUUUGCUCUGUAAUUCAAGAAGGCCUGGGAGAAUGUGUGCACGGCAAGGCUGGUCCCAAAGCGAGGGCUGAGGGCUUAGGACAUUUUCUUCUCUUUGUUCCCUUGUAUCCAAAUAACUUGGGCAGAGUGGCAGAGAAAGGCUGGCUGGUGUGAGAGAAUUCAGCAAGUCAGUCGAAUCAGAGAGAGGGGGAAGUUUGCCUGCUCGGGCCUCCUGGCCGCCACAGGAAACCGGUGCUUCCCGUUUGCAUUGCGUGACAGCAAGUUCUCCAUGUAUUUGCAAUGAGCACUUGCAUUGUGCACGGCUAAAUUGUAGCAAUCCUGGGGCCCUGCAAUCCCCAGUGUCGCCAUUUGAGAUGCUCCUGGGCUUUCCAAGAGAAUCCACCCUCUUGGCCCCAGGACAUACUAAGCUGCAGCAAAUCAAUUCUGCAUUCUGUUAACAAUAGAGACAUCACCAAGCGAGCUCAGUCAGCCUCUGGAGUCAGGUUUAGUUUCCUUUUCAACAAAAGCUCCUGCUCAUAAAAGGGGAGAUAAGCUGAAAUAAUUUAAGUGAAGGUUGGGCAGCAGGCGUGGACUAGGGCUGGGCUGGUCGCUUGCAGACCGGGUUUCCAGAGAACCGUCCCCAAAUGUCCUGCUGCUCUGGUAGCCCUGGGGGCUCCCUGGGCGGGGACUGCAGCAGGUGCCGGCCUUCCUAAGGAACCAGAUCCUUCAGCCCUGCUCCUCAGUGACCUGCUAGGACUUGAGAAGAGCUGGAAGGAGGCUCACCUGCAACCUUCUCUGCUGCGGCUGUCCUCCUUUCCUGGAAACUGGCCUGAUGUCACUAGGGGAGUGGUUUUUGAUAUUGGAAUACCAGACCUUCCAGGUUGCGCUAAAUCUGAUGAUAGGCUCUUAGAAUUAUCUGCGGAGCGUUGGUUCAGGAGGGGCUAUUGAAUUACCAUACAAGAAAACAAUUUGUCCCACUUUUUUGUAUUAAUGUUGCUGCCUCACUGACCUGGGAAGGAUGAGAAAAAUAAAAAAAAAGCAAACGA